GUUCGGUCGCGUCUCGCUCUUGUUUGUCGUUCCAUUCUCGGGACGACCGCGCGCGUUCAAUAGCCACGAAAAUGAACAUUGAUUGGCAGGUCGGGCGCGGGGGCGCGGUGUUGCGACACCUCCGCCGUCGUCGCACGUCGUCGUCGUCGUCACAACACCGGUGACCGUCGCUCGCCGUACGUGCGCUAGUAUGUGUUCGCGGUAUACUGGCCGUCGUCGUCGCCGUCCGCCGCCACCGCCUCGACCGCCCUCGAACGUCUACGCCGCGGGGGGCGGAUCUCGCGUACCCGACCAAGUGAUCGCGACGACAAUCAUACGCAGCAGCACCAGCACCGCCACCAGUACCAGUGCCAGCCGCAGCGCGGGUACCACCACCGCGGUCGGUACAGCAGCAGCAGCAGCAGCACCACCACCACCGGCGGCACCGGUCACAGCACCACCGCCGUCGUCGGAACCGGAACGGCCGCGGCCGGCACAAGCACCGCGGGCGACCGCCGCAGACACCGGCCACACCAGCAUCACCACCGCGGCCGCGGCAACGACCACAACGACGACGACGACGACGACGAUGGCGUACGGCCCACUCGCUGUUGUCCGCGUCCCGCAAUAGCCGCGCACUCCGCGGUCCAGCGAUAAGCGUGUCGAGCGCCAAUCGACGGCAUCGCAUCGGCGACGUUCCGCAACGCAACGCGACCCCGUAGUCCCGCAAACGGCAAAGUGGAGGGCAACUGCGGUGACCUGUUGAACAUGAGUUCGUACUUCGCCAACUCGUACAUGCCGUCCGACAUGCGCAACGGCGGCGUCGUCGGUGGCGGCGGCGUCGUCGGCGGCGGCGGUGUCGUCGGCG